AUGGCGAACCACGGUGCUGCCGAUCGACCCCUCUGUCACAGGAUAGCACAGAAAGCUCGAGCUAACGUUAAUACUUUGGAUACUAUAUUUGAUCUUCGUCUCGUCGUUGAUACAUUCGUUUUGGUCAACUAUCGCGACACUGAUCUACUGUCGGCGGUGGCCCAACGGGUAUCUCAUGUUUUGGGUGGGGACUCAGGGACGGAUCAUGAAGGGAAGAAGAUACCGACGAUGUUCACUGCCGAGGAUGUCGCGGAGAUCUUCAGAGGAUUUAAACAUCUCGAGGUUGAGAACAUCCAGCUCGUUGAAGCAGUAAGGGAUUGGAGCGUUAACGGGUGA